UAAAGGUCAAAGCCAUCAUGGCAGUGUCCAGGCUGGAGAUCAACUUUGUGCGUCUACUUUCCCGGUGUGAAGCCAUGGCGUCUGAGAAAAGAGAUGAAGGAGAAUGGAGAUUGGAGAAGUUUGUUGCGGCCUUGGAAGAAAUGCUCAGCCAAAUAAGGAAGGACAACAGUAGAAAACCUGCCCCAGAACUAAUGAUUGAAUAUUCUAGAAAAGUGGACUUUCUGAAGGGACUCUUAGAAACUGAGAAGCUGUCCUCGCCCACGGAAAAAGCCUUGGCCAAUCAGUUUCUGGCUCCUGGACGUACGCCUACCAUCAGUAAGGAGCGGACACCAGUUACCAAGACAGUGCAUCUGCAGACUCAAGCGCGCUAUACAGGGGAAAUGAGAAGCGAACUUCUUGGAAAGGCAGCACUGACUACCAGUGAUUCUGAUGAUAUUUAUCCACGUAAAAGGAAGGGUUCAGCUUCAGAUGAUAAGCAGUCAGCAGCAGAGCUCGAUGCAGUGCUACAGCACCACAACAAUAUGCAAGAGAAACUGGCCGAAGAGAUGCUGCGUCUAACUCAGAACCUGAAGAACAACACGUUGGCAGCACAGAAUGUCAUCCGGCAGGAUAACCAGACACUUUCCCAUUCCUUGAAAUUUGCGGACCAUAAUUUUGAGAAGCUAAAGACUGAAUCUGACCGCCUGGAGCAGCAUGCUAAGAAAUCUGUCAACUGGCUUCUGUGGAUUAUGCUUAUUUUUGUGUGCUUCACUUUCAUCAGUAUGAUCCUCUUCAUUAGAAUAUUCCCCAGGCUUAGAUGACUCCCGUAUAUAUGUCCAAUCAUCACUAAAUCUGGUCCAUUACAUAUAUUGGCACUAUUUAUUGUGUGGUCUUGACAUCCAGACUCACUAUGAGACACCAAAUUGCAAGACCUUAAUGCUAAAUAUUUCUAAUAGUGACAGUUUAAUAAUGUCUUUAUACAGUUUUAUUGUAACCUUACUUUUAUUUCUCAAUAGGAGUCUUAAAAAUGUCUGCAUUAAACUAUGUUUACUAUCAGUGUCAAAAA